AUGGGAGAGGAGCGGCAAGGGGAGUGGAAAGCGAGAAAUUCAAAUUUCAAACAUGGGGAUGGCAAUCUCUCUGCGGUUGGAGCUGGUAAUCAGACAAGGCCCCGAGAAUCUCAGGUUAAUGAGGGGGACAAGGUGACAGUCAAAUCGAUGGAAGACAAAGAUUCUAAAAAUGGGGACCCACAUGAUAGAGGCCAUUGGGCAAAAUCUUGCCCGCUCAAGAAGGGUAAGAGUGGUAAAAUUGAUAGUAACCUGAAGCGAAAAUGGAAAAUGAAAGGGAAGAAUGAUGUUCCACCCUCAGAGGUUGUCCGUGAGAAAGAAGCGACCAAGAUGGAAAACAAGGAAAAGAAGGAUGUGAAUGCUAACAAUAAUAAAUCAGCUUGUGGUAGAGUUGAUGAGUUUUCCUAUGAUAAUGCUUCUGCAUCAUCUAAUAAUAAAGAAAAUGAGGAAGACUUUAAUGAAGCGCAGGACUAUAAUAUUUUGGAGACUGAGGCUUUGUUGUUAUUAACCAAUGGAAGUCCUCAACAGACUGUAAAUAUGAUCCUGAAAUCCCAAUGUAACACGCCACCUAAAAGUUUGGAUAUGGUGGUUCUUGAAGGAAAUCUUAGGAUUUUCGGGAUGAAUGCCCCCCAUAAGCAAGAUGUGUUGCGUAAUAUUGUAAGAGAUCAUAAACCAGAUGUAGUCCUUAUUCAGGAAACAAAGAUGUGUAAGAAUAAAGUGGAAAGUAUUAGAAUAUUCAAGAGUAAUGGGGUUAUUGGAACAAGUUUGAAGGGUGCUUCUGGAGGUACAACUAUCUUUUGGAAUCAGAAUACUAUUUUAGGAAAGGAAAUAGCUUCAAGUGUUAGCAGGACUUCUAUCUUGCUUGAGCACAUUAAGGAUAACUCUGUUUGGGUUAUCACUAAUAUCUAUGUGCCUAAUUCCAAAGCUGGUAGAAUUAAAUUUUGGAGGAGCAUGGCUGAAGAUAGAUUAAGAUUUGAGAAAGCCUGGCUAUCUCACCCUUCUUUGGAAGCUUGUGUGGAUAAAUGGUGGAAUUCAGAGGCAAUCCAGGAAAAUAAGAGAUUAUCAGUUUCACCGGGGAAAGGCAAGAGGAAGAUGGAGGAAGGUGGGCCUAGCAAGGAGGAGUUAUCACAGACCAAAAAGAGUAAAAAAGAUACUGUGGAGAAAAUUCAAGAGGAUAUGGGAAAACAAAAGGAAACGGAGGUGCAUUCUAAGGAUUUGGAAAAAGAGGGAAGUGAGAUGGAGACCGAUGAGUUUGAUGGAGAGGAGAGAUGGAAGGAAGAGGAAAUGGGGGAAGAGGAAGGGGGAGCUGAGGAUGUUUCUGAUCAGGAUAGCCCAACCCAUAGUGACAAGCUCAAUAAUGAGGAAAGGGAUUUGGAAACUGAGCAGGAGAAGGAAAAGGAGAAUUCGAGCAGGGAGCAGGAUAAAUCUGGAGAGGGAAUUAUUUUGGAUAAACUCAAAAAUCAGUCUGAGGCUCGUAUGGGAUUUGACAGGUGGAUAUAUGAGAGAAUUAAGUAUCUGGAAAAAAUUGAUAAGCAACAAGAGGAGAAGGGAAAGAAUGUGGAAAGUAACCAGGAACAGUGGCAAAAGGGUAUGGAGGAAAAAGUGGAGAAGAUGGAAGCACAGAUUAGCAAUCUGGAGGAAGGAAAAAAUGCAAUGAAAAACCUUUUGGGUAUGAUUCUGGAUAUCCUUUCUACAUCUACACUUUCCUCUAUGACUAUGAAUUUAGAGGAAAUUGCCAAGUUUAUUGAAGGUUCCAGCACUUCCAAACCUGUUGUGGAUCUCAACAUCGAUGAGGAUGCUACUGAGGCAGGAACAGUGGAAAGUGCUCCUAGUGGUGUAGCAAAAGAACCAGGGCGAGCAUGA